CAGCUUGUUGCACAACGAUCUACAUCAGCAAUGGGAAACGGUCCGUCCAAGAUUCCUCUGAACGGCUUAGCGGUUGUCAUUACAGGCUGUGAUACGGGAUUUGGUUAUGAAACCGCGCUCCAGCUCGCCGCGUCAAACUCAAUUGUCUAUGCAACCUGUCUUACAGCCGCUGGCGUGAAGAAUUUUGAAAGGUUGCGGGCAGAGCAGCCAAAUCUGUAUGGAACCUUAAGGCCCUACCAGCUAGACGUAACCGAUUGGGAAGCAUGCGAACGCUUUGGCAAGUUGAUUGAAGAGCAAGUCCAAGACGGUUUAUUUGGCCUGGUCAAUAACGCGGGAAUAAAUUCUGGAUCCUACUUCAGCUGGUCUACCAUAGCCGAAAUCCGCAAGGUUAUGGACGUCAACUACAUGGGCGCGGUGCACAUGAUGAAGGCAUUGAUGCCUUCUUUGCGUCGAUUUGUGACCCUCAAUCCUACCGGACACGCCCCACGCAUUGUUAACAUCACCUCUGUAGCGGGGCGAACGGUGGCCCCCAUUAUUCCAGCCUACUGCGCCUCUAAGCAUGCUCUCGAAGCCAUGUCCGAUGGCGUGCGUAUGGAGCUGCGGCAUUUUGGCAUUCGCGUCGCUAUUAUUGAGCCGUGGUUUGCAAGCACUCCUUUGGUUGUGGGAAAUGAAGAUGGAAGGUCUAAGCAGAUCCGUGAACGUUAUGAAAGCUUACCGCAUCGCGAAGAUUAUGGCAAAGCCUUUUUGGAUCAUCACAUCGGUCGUCUUAAUAUCCCGCCGCCAAUGACAAUGGAGCCCAUCAAAGUUGUACGAACGAUCAUACGUGCUUUGCAAUCUCAAGAGCCAAGACAUAGAUAUAUCGUUGGGGCUAUGGGCGCUGUGUCCAUUUUUCUCUACAGUUUUCUCCCUAGUUGGCUUAGCGACAGAAUGGUUCGCUUGCCUGUCCCUCCGGCUGCAACUGUCAAAAAUGGCCGACAGGGCUUAUUGUCUUGGAUUGCUUAGAUCCACGGUGCCUGACAGCGUAUGAUGGCUUCGUACCAUAGCUAUAGUUUUAGACAUAUGGACUGCCUUUAAACCCUUUGAAGGGAGGAUGCGCCUGACCUGUUUACUCAUAUGAUACUCGUAUUGAACAUCCUUAAUCAUCAUCUAUAUCUACUUCUCGUCCUUCAAAAGUUGAACGGAGAGCGUAGAACUCCGCGUCCGAAUCAAUCUUGGUCGGUGGCAUUUGCGCACUGUCCUCGGUGUCGGCAUACUCUCCACCGCCUUUACCAACUAGCGAAAUUCCGUUCAUCCGUGCAAAAAGGAGCCUGAGUAUUUUUUCUUUGUCAACCCACGAAAGAUCGCUAAUGUCCACUUUGACAUUAGGAUCUAGUGGGGGUGAUCCACGCGCCUCAUCUUUCUCCGAGACAGAUGGGGGACCUCCUAUCGGUAUCGGUAUUUGUG